CUUGGGUGAGCACAGAGGUGAUACAGGUACAGUGGCUACUGGCUAACAGCGACGAGCGCUUCCUUUGUGGUUCUGGCGUAGGCGUGACGCCAUGUUGUGAAAAGUGUCUGGCAGAAAAGUUGAAAAUUCGCACGGAAAACUGCACUCGAACGACGCGAAACAAGCAAACAAUAUAAUAAAAGCAAUACAAAUUUAGAACUAGAGCCCUAGUGACCGAGCGAGAGUGAGGAGGCAGCAGCUAGCGAGGCAAUGGCCAUCCGAUUUGUGGUGGUGCUCCUGGCGGUGGUGCAGUGCAUCCAAGCGGUUCCGCAGCGCACCGCCGCCUUUUCGCUGCAGGCGGCAGUGGAUGAACUGCAUCGGCGGGAAGCGGCCAAGUACCCACUAAAUGCCCCACCGCCGCCAACUUUGGAUGACUGGGACGAGGAUGGCGAUUUAUUUGGCAAGAAUAGGAAUCGGAAUCGCCAUCGAGUUAAUAAGGCACUUGGCAAGUACUUAGAACGCGACGAGGACAACUACGGUCAGGAUCGCAACAUGGGAUUGGGCCUGGGUCUGGGAUUGGGACUAGGAUUCGAGGACAACGGCGAUUUGGGGCCCAGUAAUCUCCAGCUGGCCGAGGAGAAGAGAAAGCGCUUCUCCUCUUUUCGGGAACGUGACGAGCAGUUCGAUGGACCCGUACCCUCGGCCUUCCGGGAGCGCGAGAACCAGCCAUUGAACGCAGAGCCCGCGCACAAUGAGCUGACGGAGCAGUUUCUGCGCGAGAUCGAGGAGGCCAGGGAUCGGGAUGCAGUGCGUCAGUGGUGGCACCACCUGGACCAGGCCAAGAACCAGCAGGAGCCAGAGCCCCAAGAUGCCGAGCUGUUCGAGCAGAAGAAGCGAAUGCGAGUGCCCCCGUACUACCUGUUGAUGCAGAAGAAGCGAUCCUAUCCGGUUCUCCCAUGGCUGCCCUACAAUGGCGACAAGAGGAAGCGUUUCCCGGUGGCCAAGAGGAGCACCACCAAUGCCAAUCCGGAGGCCCCGCUGGGCAGAACCGAUGAGCGAGUGGCCCAGGAGCUGAGCGAGCUGUUUGGCAAGCCAGGUGAAACCCAAUCGCAUCCCGAGGAGAAACGCAAGCGAUCGGCGGAUGAGCAGCCAAAGGUGACCACUAAUUUACCCGAAUCCCCGCCAGCCACGGCCACGGCUACGGCUGUGGGCGACAUGCGACUGGAGAUCAACUUCCAGCGGGUGAAUGUCACGCCCAAGGAGGCAACCACAUCUGCUCCCACGGGCGCUGGUGAAAUGGUUCAGCAUGGUGGACAUGCCGGUCAUCAUGGUGGUCAUGUGCCUGGAAUGUCACCCGAAUAUCGCCACCGGAAACGCAGUGAUCACGCACAUGGUGAGAAUGUCGAGGAUCCGGAGGCAGAUGAGCACGACGAGGAAGGUGAGGAGAGUUCCGAUGAGGAUGACCACGACGAGUUCGACGAGGAGGAUGGCGAGGGUGAUGUGGAAGCGGAGGAGGCGGAGGAGCGAAGGCGCAAGAAGAAACGGGCUGCUGCCUCUUUAUCCGGCGGUAAUGAUGGCUCCAAGCGCCUUCAUGCCCCCACUGUGGGCCACCUAAUGCUCCGGGCCAAGAAGUCCAUCGAUUGGUCGCAGUACUUUGGAUUGGAUCGCAAAAAGAAGUCGGUGCAGAAGAAGGAGGACCUGAAGAAACGCAGCGAAAAUGACAGUAGCGCCAAUGACGAUGACGAGGACGACGAUGAGAGUUCCGAUGCGGAGAAAAAGAAGCGAGACUUCGAUAACGAGAAACUGGACAGCAUGGACAAGAAGCUGCAGUCCAUCGAGGACUUCAUCAUCGACGAGACCAUCAAGUAUACUGGAGCCCACGAGGGUCUGAACAGCAAGGAUGAUAUUCGUCGGAUCAAGGACCAUGUCCUUUCCCGUUUGGCAACCGCUUAUAGCCUGGAGAAGAUGCGUAGGGCCCUGGACAAGCUGAGGAGAUCGGUGGACAACGAAAAUCAUCUCAUGCGUAACACCAUCGAACCGGAAUCGGAGGAGAAUGCAUUGGAUUCUAACUACUGGUUGACCAAGAAGUCCGUGAAGAAGGAGCAGGCCGAGCAACUGGCGGAGGACUCAAAGCGCCCCAAGGACAUGGAGAAGAAGAAGCGAAGUGGCUACCUGCGCUACCCGGAGCAGCCGAACACCAUGGACGAGGCUCUUAGCCUGGGCAGUGCUCCCUACGAGACCCUAAACGACGCCUAUCUGGGCAACAAGAACUACAUCGUGGGCUCUAAUCAGUGCCCCAUCAUUGAGUCCAUGGCGGAGCGCUGUCGGGGCGUGGAUCUCAUCUCCGGGGAUAUCAACCAGGAGCUGCUGCCACUCUGCGGGGUUCACCAAAUUUGCUACUUAUGUGGUGCCUCGCAGGUGGCCUGCGACUAUCAGUAUUUGGCGGAGGCGGAUGGCAUUUGCGGCGACAGCAACGAGUGCCAGUCGGCGGCCCGCUCCAUCCUGAUGAUCCUGCGGGGAUCCCCCGGCCGGCAGCUGGGUCCUCGGGAGUGCUUGAAGAACCCCUGCUUGUACAGGGCCAUGCGGGAGAUCGGACUCUAAGCGGUCUACUCCAGAUUGCCGCCCAGCGUUUUCCUAACGUCUUUUUGUGUGCGUUUAAAAAGAAAAACAAAAAUCGAAAAAACUUAAAUGAAAUUGAAAAAAACCGUAAUGCAACCCCGAGAGAGAAGAUAAAAAUAUGAGCCCAAAAAAAAAA